UGACAAGUCUUGCCGGGUGUCGCUGCAGACUUCAGCGCUGGCAACACAAAUAGUGUGUUCAUGAGUGUGUUUGUGUGUGGCUUCCCCCCUCCUUCUGCUGCAACACUUCCAGGGGAAUUUACAACGGCAUGUUUUCAGCUGCCAUCAAAGGAAAGUCCACAUCAUCACGUUGUCUUCCCCACCAAAACACCCCAGACAGUCUGGAAGCUACAGAGCCAGCUACAGACCUGUUGAGUGGAGAGGAUCCAGCCGGCGCAGAGGCUUCUCAGGUGUGUAGAUUGCUGCAGGGCACAGAGAGCAUGAACAGACACCUGCACAGGAGAGAGAAGUUAAAAAGACUGUCUCUCGACAGCAGUUUGCCGGAAUACAUGGACGCCAACAAAUGCAUCGAUGAGCUACUCAAACAGCUUGAGGAGGAACGUCGAAAUGUCCGAAGGGAAAAGCUGGCUGUGGCUCGCCUGCAGAGGGAAGUCGCACGGAGCAAGAGCGAAGGAACAAUGCGAGAAAAGCUGAUCCACGAGCUAGAGGAAGAGCGACGCCUGCGACUGGAGAGCGAGAAGCGUCUCCGGGAAGUGACCGAGGAGUCCGAGCUGGGACGGGCGCAGAUGGUUUCACUGCAGCAGAAAUUCUCCAGGAUGGAAGAGACGAUGCGGUCGCUGCUGCAGAAUCAGGGUGUCCUGGAGCAGACUGCUGUGGAUACAGUGGACAUCAUGAAGGCCUACAGGGAUAAACUCUCCGCGGAAGUGCAGAAACGGCACGAUGGCCCUGAAGAAAACGGCUCCCUGCCGGCAACUCAAGCGGAGCUGGACCCCGGGCAGCCGCCGGAUCCCGAACAUGAUGCCAGCCAAGCAGAGGAGGACAAAGACAAAACCAAGCUCCUUCUGGAGCGCCUCAAGGCCCUGGAGGAGAAGAAUUCGGCCUUGGCCCUAGAGAAUGAGAGCCAGAGGGAACAGUAUGAACGCUGUCUAGAUGAGGUUGCCAAUCAAGUCGUGCAAGCGCUUCUCACCCAAAAGGAUCUGAGAGAGGAAUGUCUGAAGCUGCGAACCAGGGUUUUUGACCUGGAGCAGCAGAACCGGGCGCUGAGUAUUUUGUUCCAGCAGAGGAUCAAGCCUGCCUCAGAUCUGCUUCUCCAGAAACUCCACUCUCGGAUCAUGGAUCUGUCUGCGGCAGAUUUGCUCCUGGAGCCAGAGAGAAGCAAGGCUUUCCUGCUUUCCAGGAGUACUGACUCCCCGUCGAAUGAGGUUCAGUUGAAUGGAAAAGCCAGUCUCCCUGUAGCAAAGUGUCUGAGCCAGCUGAGUCUGACGGUGCCAGCACCUGUAUACCCUCGCAGCAGCUGUAGCAGUAGCGAGUUGUCCCUGUCAAGUGCAUGCAGUGAAUUCUCCAGCGGCUCAGUCACCUGGAACGAUGGACGCUCCUGUGGGAAAAUGUCAUCGCUGACCUGGGAGAAGAGGCUGAAUUUGGGUUCAUCAGCCCCAAGUAAUAUCUGUGCACCCCCAGAGGAGCAGCAGCCCACAAGACGCAAGGAGAGCCACAUACUGGAGGGACUGAGAAAGCUCCAGAGGAGGAAACACAGGAGCUCUUCUUGUUCGUCCAAGGUCUCCAAGUCAGGCUACAAAGAUUGUAUGAACUCCAAUGAGGGCAUCUACUCCCUGGGUAUCAAGAAUAGCAGUAAGGGAGUAUCCAAGCCGAUGCAUGUUAGCAGAGCUUCAGCUGCACGGAGCAAGCAGUUCUCUUAUGAUUCUGAUGAUGCAGAUGAUGAAUUGGCACAAUCCAGUUGUAGAGAUAACAUCCCCACCAAGGACAGUUGGUUUCACUGUAAGAAGCUCUCCCACAGCAUCUCAGACAGUUUGUGUAGCUGGGAGGGGACGCCGGACAGUGGAGGUGGAGGUGAUGGUACCUCAGCCCCUGUAGCUACAAAACCAUCUCCUGGAUAUGACUCAAAAGAACGUCCUGAAAAGCUCAUGAGUUUCAUUAACAGUUUUCUCCCUGAGGGAGGACGGCCAUCAGCUUUUACUAAACCAUCCAAGCUGCACUUCAACCCUCCUGAUCCAGAGGGUCCAAAUCAUCUAUCCGAUGUGGAUGAUCCAGAGGAACUGAACUCUGAGUCUAGUGGCAUCCGAAUGUCAGCCUUUAGUCAGCUGCCAGAGCAAGCAGAGCGGGACUCCAAGAGGCUGUCAAGGGACGCUGCCAAACUGCUCACACAACAGUGCUUACGAAGAGACCAGGGACGCACCCAGUCUGCAGAUGGAAGGCCCAGACCUUUCAGUCUAGUAAAGGAGCCCAAAGGAACCAAGUGCACCCAAUCUGAGGAGAGCAUAUUGGCGAUAUUUGAUGCAGAAGGAGAGCCGAUUGAACUUUGUGCUCAGAAGCUUGCAGCAGGUGCUGGGCCUCGACAGGACAUUCAAAGCAGAAAAGUAGUUCCUGAUUACACCGAACUGGUGCCCCAUGAAAGGCCAACAAGGCAAAAGUCUGCAAAUGCAAGAAACUACACUGUUCUUGAAUCUCCAGAGAAGCCCUCUGAAUAUCAGAUUAGGACCAGCAAAGCAAGCAGUAGCAGGGAGGGAAGUGCAGAGAGGCUGUCAAUGCAAUUGACUCCACAAAGAAAACUGAUCAAACCACCAACCAACCGAGCUAAUAAAGGCCAUUCCAUCCCUCCCAUGAAUGAUUCUGCAGGUUCUAAGUCUAAUGGUUCAAAGAUACCUGGUCGUAAUAAACCUUCAGGAUCCCCGCUGAGAUUAUCGAAGGGCUCCAACACAGAACCAAGUAACAGUGGAAACUCAGGACCCUCUGGUCAGGAGAAAUCCCCCUCUUCUCCUACAGUCAAAAUGUCCAGAUUCAUCAAAACACCCGGAAACUGCUCACAGAGUCCAAAGGCAGUAAACUCUAAGCUCCCCAGCAGGGCCGAAUGGAGUAAGAGUUCCUCUUCCAAUUCCCCUCACCUCUCAAGGAGGCACCUGGAGUAUGCUGACAAUGGUGAACAGCCAACCAGAGACAAACACUGUGAAACCAGCAAAAAUAAACUCAGGUCCCCCUCUCCUCCCCCUCCCCCAGGCCGCACCACCUCCUUACUGAUCAGACCAAAUUACGAAGGGUCGCCUCAAGCACAUAAAACAGGGGUGGCUCACCCAUCCACACCAACCACUGUGAGGGGCCCUCCCCCAAGUUACCACACCUCACUUUUACCAAAUAUGCAAAGUACACUACCCAUCAAGGAUAAAGACUGUUUAGACUUAGAUGCAAGCUACGGGACUGCACUUGCACCUCAGAAACUGGUCGACAAAACCAGUCAGCACCUUCAAAAGUCCCCUGCCAUGACUCAGACACCUUCUAAAGGCACUUCCAAGCGGAUGACCACGAAAGACUACCUCCCUUCUGCAAACUCAGGGUGUGCUCGAGAACCUGAAAAUGCACCUAAAAGCUCAAAGAAUGUCCCUCCUCCCUACAGUGCCCUCAAAGGGUCCUCACUUCAGAACUCAUUUGCAAAUAAGAGGGGAUCUGCUCAUGAAAAUGUCCAUCAGUCAGUGCAAAAGACCUCUAUUAGUUUACCUAUAUCACUUCAGGACACCCGUCAAGGUCAGGCAGAGCCACAAACUGGUAAAGCUGUCAUCAGCCCACCUAGCUCAGUUGUUAUGUCCCCUAACCCAGUGGAAAAAACCUCAAAGACUCGCAUCCCAAUGGGGUUUAAAGCAUUUUUAAAAUCUCCCCCUAGCCAUAAAAGUAGUGCCUCUGUACCAGGCAAACAAGAGAAAGAUCAUAUCAACUCAGUCUCCAAGGAGACUGUCACUUCAAAUGCUUCUACCCAGUGUGACGGCCUGCAGUCGGUGUACACUACUGAUUCAUCCAAGACGUCUGCUAUAAAGGGGAAAGGUGAAGGCCAGUGUAGGUUACUGGAGGAGGAAUUACACGUUUCUGUGCUGCCAGAGGAGGGGGAGGCUUGCGAUAAGGGGAAAAGGAGUAGUCAACUUUUUGGUAGAUCCAUAUCUGUUACUACCAAACCUCAUCUGAAGCCGGCCUUGGGGAUGAAUGGGGCCAAAGCCCGCAGCCAGAGUUUCAGCACCAACUAUAUUGAGAAACCCAACAUCAAUGUUCUAGAUGGACCAGGAAAAAUCAGAACUCAGAUCAUCACAAACUCAGGUGAGAGGGGGAACUCUCUGACAAGGCAGAGUUCCUUGGAGGCACCUAGUGUUGUUUUGGUCGAGAGUCCAGUCCAUUCACCUAGGACUAGGCUGAGCCACUACGGAGGCAUGACAGGGUCAAAUAGUCACAGCAUUCUCCCUGAGAGGACUUUUAAAUCAGACCCCAAAGGUGAGGGGUCACAGGGGACAGUGAAGGGGGACGCAGUCACCUCACCCUCUUCCCAAAAAGUGGUUCGUAGCUUACCCAUCAGUGAUCGGAUUGGUUUAAACAACAUCCGUAAGCCAGCAAAAGUUGGCUCUCACCCUCAGUUUCAGCCUGCCUCCCAUUGUGUCUAUAGCGUGGAGAACCCAUUGAGGGAGACAGAAGGCAUAGCAACCACCACCACAGAGCCAGACUUUAGCAGGGAAGUCAAAACCCAGACGGAUUCCCCAAACAAAUCUGCAGAUACGGAGGAGAAAAAAGCCAGCCCAACAGGCUGCACAAUUGAAGAAAAAGUCAUGAUGGGAAUUGAGGAAAAUGUGCAGAAAUGUCAAGAACAGGAGAAGGUUGCUGCCACCGAGGCCAAACAGAAAACAGGCCCCUCACUGGCGAAUUGGUUCGGCCUCCGUAAGAGCAAACUUCCAGCUCUGAGUGGUAAAAAAACUGACUCCCCCAAGGGAAAAGAGGAGAAGAAAGAGUUGAAGAUCGGAUCUGUGCUUGGAGGCAAACAGAUGAAGUCUGACAAAAAGAAGGAGAAGAAGAAAAAUGAUAACCAGCAGAAAGACAGUCAGGAGGUGCAGAAUCUGUCGGAGAUGAACAACAAGCUGAGCUCCAUCAUGGACCACUGCAACAAUCAGAUGGGUCAGAUUGCCAGUCAGAUCCAGUGUACAACAGCUUUUAUUGGCAAAGACCAGUUCGUGAAAGAGCUUCUUAGCAGGACUGCGAUGAAGGGCAACUCUGUGACUGCAUCGCCGCCUGGGAUCUCCACACCCAAGAAACACGGCGAAAUGAAGGGCGAUAUGGAGAUCUGUCCAGAUACUGCGACUCUUAUUAUGACACAGAAGAUCAGUCUUAGGGCUGAAAAUGAAGAUGGACACAUCCCAGACACAGCUUGUCAAGACCACAUGAUAGGCUCCGGCUGUCAGAUGAGAACCCUGGACAGUGGCAUCGGCACCUUCCCUCUCCCUGAUUCUGUCACCCGGGCCAGCGGUCGCCACAUCCCUAAAUCUGAAUCCAGCCCCGAUGGGGUGACCGCCGGCUCCUCUGAGCUCGAGCGGGAGUCUUCCUCUUCUUACCCUGACCCCUCACAACCUGAAGUGAAAGUGCCUUCCCCUCCAAAAACCCGCCUGCAUGCCCCUACCGGCAUGGGUCACUCCCUGUCCGACCCCGCUGUGACCUGCACCAGCAACACCCAGGACACCCAGAGCCGCCUGCCCAAAUUAGCAUCCUCAGAUGCAAUCAUUACAAAGAGGUUGAGUCUUUGUACCCCACACAGCAACAUCUCAGGUUCCACUGAGGACAAGGAGAAGAUGAAAACAAAGGACCACGAUAUGCCCGGUGAAAGAGCUUUGCGAGUGUGCACGUACUCAGGCAGCAGCAGCGACACCGAGACUGAACACGAAGGAACCGGAAGCACUUUGGGCUCGCCGCAGAGGACCCUGAUCAACAGAACUAAGAAAAGUCACUCAGUGGAGCAGAAUGAAGAGACCCUCAAGAGAAGAAGUGUGGAGAAAUCCUUGUCAAUCAUGGACUACUACCAACACGAUAUGUUCACACACUUGGAGAAAGACAGCAGGAGGAUUUCCCAGUACAACUUGUUACACAAAGAGUCAUCCCUCGAUGGCAAAGCAGGAGAAAGGCUCAGUAAGGAGAUUCCCAUGGAGAAGAUUCCCGUCAGUGCAAGCCAGCCGGGCUCUCUCUCCUUGGAGUCCCUAAAUAAGCUGAAUCACAGCAGCUCCGGCAGCUUGUAUCCGGACGCAUGCGGCGGCCGACACACCGAAGAGGCGAAGAGCGGGGAGAACUGCUGCAAAGCUGACGAGCCCUCCUCCUCCAGUUUCACGGCCAGGCCCGGGGCGGAUCCCGUGGGCUCCCUUAGCGAUUCGCUGUACGACAGCUUCUCCUCCUGCACCAGUCAGGGCUCCAACGAUGUGUAAGAAGGCAGGGCUGUAAUGGCAGAGUUUAAACCACUUCUCCAUCAUCUUGGACUUGUGUUCUUGGCCACUUUUUCUUUCCUGUUUUUUUUUUCCAUGCAUUGAUGGGUUGGAUGUUGAAGGCUACCUCUGCCCCAUGGAGUGGAUUUUCAAGAAGAUUUGCCUCCCUGUUGGCCCUUAAGACCCCUCCUAAUUGUUAGUUUUAGCAUUUUGCAAGUAAAAUAUACUUUGUUUCUUGUCUGUUCUGUUAUUGGCCUUGAACAGGACUUAGUUUGGGUCUCAGCUGCCUUUGGAUUAAGCUCAAUAUUGAAUUAAUUCUGGAAAAGACCCUGAUUUGACUAUUGAGUCUUGACUCCAGCCCUGCCACAACAGGAGGAGCUCUGUCCUCCGUGCAUACAACAUGAAGCACUUAGUAGAGCUGCAGGAUGCACGAGGAUGAAACCUCAACCCCAAACACCAAACCAGGACUGUGUAAAAGCUUGACUCUGGGUGUGGUGGACUGGACAGCAAUAUUGUAUCAUUGCAAUUUGUAGUUACCCCACCCAUGCUGGGGUACUUCUUAUCAUUGCACUGUAACAAAUACUGUACAAAGCUUGUAAGGAGUGUAAAGUGAACAGAUAUUCAAUAAACAGAGGGGCAACACUGAUGGGCAACGUUGGCAUACAGAUGUGUUGCUUUGAUUGCAUCCCUGUUUGCUAAGAUUUAAACCCAAGGUGUUAUUUUUAUGUAUUGCUGCUAAAUACGAUGCGCAUUGCCCAAAAACUGCCCCCAUGUGGAUUCAUAACCUAUAGUAAUGAUAUGAUAACAAAACCUGGUUUACUUCUUUUUUUUAAAAAUCACAGCAAGAUGAAAAUUCUUGUUAAUUUCUGUUUAAUAAGUUCGUCUUUAUGUGUUAUUUUGAGCAGUUCCGCAGCCAAUCAGCUAAAAGAAAACUCAGCUACACACUUUGAUCUGAUGGCGACAACUGAAGAAAGGCAUACUGUGUUUCCUCUAAUAAUGAUUUUUCAGUGUCCGAAUGGUACAGCAAAUCACCAAUUGUUUGUCUUGAACACAUCCAGUGUCAUUGUUGGUAGCUCAGGGAACAUACUGGACUAAUGUACAUUGUAAAAGGGUUGACCAAUACAAAAAAAACACUCUUUUGCUUGUUUUUUUGCUUUUUUUUUUUGAGUUCCUGUUGCAGAAUCCAAACAGUCUAGUCUCAUGUAGCGUAGCAUACCGGAACUCUCCAAACCUCACUGUUCCUUUCAUAGCUGUAUAUUAUGUUGUAUAUAAAAAUAAGUUAAUAUCAGAAUGGGCAUUGCUGAUUGAUAUAUGCAAAUAAGAAAUAAAAAAAAGAAAAAAACAAGGGUGUAAAUUGUUUGCCAAUCAUUCAACUAAGGUUUUAAGUCUACUGGCAUGUAUCUUUUCUUAUGGAAUUCUUUAGGGGUUCUUGUUUUAAAAAAUAAACUUUAUUUUGAUCAAUAAGAGCUAAUGCUAAAAUAUUUUAUCACUUUAUUUUAAAGACAUAUUUGAACUUUAGGUGGAGUUAUGCCAAAUUUCUAUCUGGAAUUUGACCAGCUGGUGCUAAUCAACAGAGCCGACUGUGUGUUUCAAUUUUUCUAUGAAACUGUUAAUAUUGUAUGAAGAGAGUCUGAAGAGGACUUGUGUAUUUUUCUAGAUGUCCAGUAUUUAUACCCACAUUUUGUACUGUCAGACUGUAGUGUGAUUGUCAUGCUUCACCUCUUUCCUUAAAUGUUCCUGGUUCCUUUGUGAAGAAAAACGGUUACCAGCAGUGUUACUUUGGUAAUUAAUAUUGUUAUUAUUAUUAUUAUUAUUAUUGUGUGCAAUUUUGUCUGUUACACUAGACUUUAAUGCUAUAUUUUAUGUAACUAUUUCCUAAAUAAAUAUGAGAAACUAUUUCCUAUUUCGAAA